CAGCCCCGGAGCUGCGUCAGGCCCCCGGCCGGCUUCCUGGGGUCCUGGCGCAGCGGCGGCGGCCGAGGAAGAGGAGGGGGAGAGGUGGAGGUGGCAGCAUCGGCAGCGGCGACGACAGAAGCAGCAGCGGCGGCGGGAGCGGCCACGAUGUCGACCAAGAACUUCCGAGUCAGCGACGGCGACUGGAUCUGCCCAGAUAAAAAAUGUGGAAAUGUAAACUUUGCGAGAAGAACCAGUUGUAACCGAUGUGGUCGAGAAAAAACAACUGAAGCCAAGAUGAUGAAAGCUGGGGGGACCGAAAUCGGGAAGACCCUGGCUGAGAAGAGCCGGGGCCUGUUUAGUGCUAAUGACUGGCAAUGUAAAACGUGCAGUAAUGUGAACUGGGCCAGGAGAUCUGAGUGCAAUAUGUGCAACACUCCCAAGUAUGCCAAACUGGAGGAAAGGACGGGAUAUGGUGGAGGUUUUAAUGAAAGAGAAAAUGUGGAGUAUAUUGAACGAGAAGAAUCUGAUGGAGAAUAUGAUGAGUUUGGUCGGAAAAAGAAAAAGUAUAGAGGGAAAGCAGUCGGACCUGCUUCCAUCUUAAAGGAAGUUGAAGACAAAGAGUCAGAGGGAGAAGAGGAGGAUGAGGAUGAAGAUCUGUCCAAAUAUAAACUGGAUGAGGAUGAGGAUGAAGAUGAUGCAGAUCUGUCAAAAUAUAAUCUCGAUGCCAGUGAAGAGGAAGAUGGCAGCAAAAAGAAAUCCCACAGAAGUCGCUCUAAGUCUCGGUCUUCACACUCCCGAUCUUCCUCACGCUCGUCCUCCCACUCAAGCUCAAGGUCUAGGUCCAGGUCCCGUUCAGGAAGCUCCUCCAGUUCCCGGUCAAGGUCUCGGUCCAGUUCCAGAGAACUUUCGAGAUCUCGUGGGUCGAAAUCCAGAUCCAGCUCCAGGUCCCACAGGGGGUCUUCUUCCCCACGAAAAAGAUCUUAUUCAAGUUCCUCAUCAUCUCCUGAGAGAGGCAGAAAACGAAGCCGUUCUAGAUCUUCUUCACCCGGUGAUCGCAAAAAAAGACGCACCAGAUCACGGUCACCCGAAAGGCGCCGCAGGUCAUCGUCUGGAUCAUCCCAUUCGGGUUCCCGUUCAAGCUCUAAAAAGAAAUAAUGUAUUAAAAUUUACACCUAAAAAAAUUCCAGUCCAGUGCAUGAAGCAUAUUUUUAAGAAGUUUGGUGUCUUACUUGGUCAGAAGUGCUAAAUCUGCUAGUAGAGGUGCAUGUCCGUCGUUGCUUUCUGGAAAACUACAGCUGUGUUCAUUCUUGAAAUUAAAAGUACAUUAGCAUUUUAAGCCAUAAUAUCCCCCAAAUAGUUGUUAUGUGUUUAUCGUUCUAUUAUUUAAAACUAUAUGUUUCCUCUAUCUAAUUUGCCAGAGAGCUUUGUUUUCUCGUAUGACCAUGUUGUUCUUCAUUUCCAAAUAUUUCCUGAUGGUAAAGAAUCGGCCAACUUUAUUUAGGGUUUGAGUCUACAAAAGUACCUGAGGCUUCCUGAGCUUUGGGCAGACUGCCAGUGACUGUGGGGAACUAGGUGGAAACAGGCUACGCCAACAGUUUGGGAGAUCAGUGAGUCUUCAUAUGGUCACCCAUGUCAAAGCGACACUCAGUUUAGGAUUAUGCUCGACAGCAGUAAAUUGUAGAAACCCAUGAGAAGCACACACCAGAUGGCUGGAGAUCAAUCACUGUGGCUUUGGUUUGCCCUUGUUACUUUUCCUCAACACUGCAGCCUGAGACAGUGUUCAGGCCCUGUUCUAAGUUACCAGAGGAGAUGGCUCACUUCUCCCUGAUUUCAUUUGGGGGCUAGACUCUCAGUCUGCUAAGAGCUUAUCUCUUCUGUGUUUAUAUCUUUGGUACAGCUAUUUAAGGAAACACUUCCUUUGAUGACCUUUUGGCCAUGUUAACAUUUCCAGUAUCAAUUUAUAGUGAUGAAUGUAAGCUCGUAGUUGUUUUUUCUUGGCUUUUUGUUUUUGUUAUUAUUUUUUUUAAAGAGCUUGGAUGUGACAUGUUCCUGAAAGCCCUUAUAUGAUUGGGUAAACAGGGCUAAAAAUCUGAGAAAAGGAAGAGGAAAAUGAGAAACUACCAGGGAAAUAGAAUUUAUUUUGUGUGAAAAGAGUGUAUUUAUAAGGCUAGCCAGUCAUUCUGAUGGCUGUGUACUCAGGUGGGAUGAGCCAUUGGCGCUGAUGUAUUUCACCAUUCUUAAACACUGCAUGAAAUUUCCUUCUGAAGUAGAAAUGAAUGUUCCUACACGAUGUAAUAGGAGAUUGUCAUUGUUCCCAUUCACUUGAAAUUACUUAUGGCUUAAAAUGCUUUCAGGAAUUUGUUUGAUUUCUGUAUCAAAAUCUGGUCUCAAGCUCCGUUGAGUCUGCCUUCUGGUUUAAAAGGGGGUAGGGGGGUUUCUCUUAACAGUUUCUUCAAGUGGCAUUGCAAGGUAAGUAUAUGGAAGGAAAUUAACAGUUGAGUUUGGUGCCUUUGUGUCAUUAAGAAAAGAUAACAGUUUGGUCCUAUGAAUGAGGGAACUUAAAAGUAUUGAGCAUAAACAAUAACAAACGGAGGCAACCGGAGCAAAGUUAUAUUCUUGAUUUCAGAAUAAAAGAAACUAGUUUUAAUUUUCUCUUGGACUGAUCUAAAAAUGAAAGCAAAAUGUUUUAGGUAGAAAUAUUUUGAUAAUCUUUUUUGCAAAGAAUUGAACUUCCCACCUCCAUACAUGCAUACACACACACAUGCAUACAUACACACAUGCAUACAUACAUGCCUAAUUACACGUGUAUAUACACACUUCUUUGCUAAAUGUAGUUGUAGGUUGCACAAGAACACUUAGGCUCUUGUAAUUGUGCCUCUGACUUCUUGAAAGUCUUACCUUCUAAAUUGUGAAGAUCACAUGAUCUCUUAGAAGCUACAUGUUACCUAUUGGUUUCUUCUUGUGUUUUGUAUACUUCUCUUUUGCUGUACUUAGCAAAUGCAAGUUCAUGAAUUUAGCAAAUGGUAGAUUACAGAGAAUUCUGAUGAUUAUGAUUUUUUUUAGUUUCACUAAAUUGUACUAGUUUGUUUCAUUAAAUGAUGCUGUAGACAAAUGUAAAUAAAGCUUGUGAAUCAAGCA